AUGGACAGCUUAAUAAUAUAUUUAACUAUUUCUCUUAUGGUAGCGCAAGCUACUGGGCCAUUUAUAAAUUCGGUUAAAGAAUUAUAUUUCACUAUCAAAAAGACUCUAGCUGAAAAUUCACACCCCAAGCCAAUCAAAGCACAACAAAAAAGCAAGAAAAUAGACUUAAACAACUUGAACGAUUUUUUUGAUGGUGCAGCUGGAACAAAUAUGGAGGAAACAGAAAACAAUAGCAGUGAAAGCAUAAAAUAA